GAUAUCUUUCCAUGUCUCAUGGCCAUGAAUGACAAGAAUUUUGAAAUCCCAUGUUGAAAUCUUAUCGUACAGCAACCCCACCUGAAAUUCUUAUCGGGCAGUGGGGGCUUGGGGUCCAAUGCCAAGAGUUCUCUUGCAGGGGCCCCAACGCCACAUGUCACCUCCACACUUGGAAUCCGCUCACUUGGCGUUGUGGCUAGAGCAUCUUGGCUCCAUAGCAGCAUCAACUACUGUUGCCUCACUUACACAUGCAAUUCUUUCCAAAACUGGGCAGCUGUGGAAUUGAACACGAUGAGAGGAAACAGCCUCCCGGGGCAGCAGCUGUGGUCAGCAUACGGCCGGUGGAAAGCCCUCACCUCACUGAGGCGAUCGCAAGAAGCAUCACACAUAUUUCAGCAAAGAUUAUGUUUUUCAUGCUCUUCGAAGCUCUCUCACAACCCAGACCGGCAAGCUCGUGAGAACAGGGUCCAGCUCCCCGACACACCAUGUCGUACCCGAUUUGCGCCUUCACCAACGGGAUAUCUUCACCUAGGUUCAUUAAGAACUGCCUUGUUCAACUACCUCCUUGCCAGAGCUACUGGUGGUCAGUUUGUGUUGCGCAUUGAAGACACAGACCAGAGCCGACUUGUACCAGAUGCAGAGUCCAAGCUGUAUGAAGACCUGAAAUGGGCUGGUCUUUCAUGGGAUGAAGGCCCCGAUGUAAACGGGCCAUUUGGUCCGUACAGACAAUCUGAAAGAUUGCCCCUUUACCAUCAACAUGCCGCCGAGCUCCUGGCUGAAGGUAAAGCCUACCGGUGCUUCUGCACACCCGAAGCCCUGGAAGAACACAAGAGGAUCGCAAAUGCAGCCGGACAGCCGACUUUGUACCCUGGGACAUGCAGUCACAUCUCACCUGCCGAGUCAGAGGAGAGGGCACACAAAGGCGAGAAGUUUGCCAUCAGAUUCAGAAGCGCAAAGACCCCUACGGCUGUGAGAGACAUCGUCUACAACCACUUCAGGAAAAAGGAGUUUGAAGAUGACUACAUCAUCAUCAAGAGAGAUGGAUUUCCGACUUAUCACUUUGCCAAUGUGGUGGACGAUAAACACAUGGAGAUCACGCAUGUGAUCAGGGGCGCUGAAUGGCUCAUUUCUACACCCAAACACGUCGAGCUCUACAAUGCUUUUGGCUGGGCUCCCCCACAGUUCGGUCAUCUGGGUUUGUUGGUUGAUGAGAACCGCCAAAAACUCAGCAAACGCCACAGUGGUGUCAGUAUGACUUGGUAUCAAGAGCACGGAAUCUUACCCCAGACCCUACUGAAUUUUGUGGCCCUGUUGGGCUGGCGCGGACGGGACGCCGCCGCCACCGGGGGUGCCAAAAAGAAGUCCGGCCCCAACGGAGACGUCAUGAGUCUGGACGAGAUGGUUGACAUUUUCAACCUCAAAUUCUCCAAAGGCGACAUCAUCGUCUCCCUCUCCAAGCUCUCCUUCCUCCAAACCCAGCACCUAAAACUCCUCCCCCAAACCUUACCGUCCAACCCGUCCCUGCUCGCCGACCUGCAAACUCGGCACAUCACCCCCUUUAUGGACUUUUUAUCCUCGGUCGAGUCCCUCCGCUCCCGGUCCCCCUCCCCCGAGUUUCCUUCUUCCCUCGGCCUCCACCUCCUCGGCGACCGGAUCCCCAAUCCAAGAAUCUUUUCGGCCCCGUACGUGGCUGACCUGGUGCAGAUAAUCCUCAAGUCUCAAGCCCACCUAGCAAAGUCUACCACUAACCCUCCCACCACCCCAGAGGGGAAUCUCGUCCCUUGUGAGCACAAUCACCCCCGUACACCCCCGGCGUUUUUCCCCCUGCGGUAUCUAUACUGGACUUUAUCCCCUUCUGCCCUGCGAUCGUCUCUUGAAACCUCCUGCAUUGAUAUCUCUACUGUCACGGUCAACUCGCAACCUUGUUCGUUGAGUCAGGCUGUUGAUUGGUUGAUUGGUGAGUUGAAGGGUAUUCCUGAGGAGGAGUGGACAAAGGAGUAUAUCUCCCUGUUUUUGGCCCAGAGAAAAGAGGCGAUUGGGUUUAAGGAGGGGGAGAAGGUGACUAGGAACACGUGGAAGAUAUGUCGGUGGGCGGUUUUGGCUGGGGAGGAGGGGUUGACGGUGCCGCUUAGUAUGGAGGUUUUGGGCAAGGAGGAGACGGUGAGGAGGUUGGAGGCUGCGGGGGAGGUGGCGAGGGAGGGUGGUGGUGGUGAUGGGGGUGAUGCUUUUGCUGCUGGGGUUGUGGGGGAGGGGGCGUUGGGGGCGGCCGGUGCUGGUACCGGCAAGGGAGGGGAGGUGGAGGCGGGGUCGUGGACGGAUGUGCUGCCUGAUAUUGAGAUGGGGGAUGUCAUCUUGGAGAUGGAGAAAAAGAAAAACGACUGUGUGAGAAGAAAAAGAGAUGGGAAAAGUCAAAAGGGGCGUGGGGAAUUGGUGGGAUCGGCCUGGUCCUGGCGCUGUAAAGCUUCGGAUUGUCAUCGCCGGCAGUAUUCAGUCAGCUGUAUAAAUAAAUAA